AUGUCAACAAAACUAUGCCUUCCACCAUACCCGCGGGGCUUCCUCCGGUAUGGACAGUACGGAAGCAGCUUACGCCGGACUGGGCACGCCAAACCCAAAUCAACAAUGACAACCACUAUGGCCAGUUCGUCAAAGGAGACAAUGCUACCACCGCCUCAUUCCCUGCUCCCGAAUAAGAUGCUCCUCCGAGCAUUCCUGGUAGCCACCGUCUCGUCUCAUUCGUGGUUACUGCGCCCCGCGCUUGCGGUGUUGUCGAUGCUCAACCGCCCCAGGAUAUGGCUGCUGGAUGUAGACGGGAAUCCGGUGUUGAGGGGGAUUGUCAAGAAGACGUUUUAUAAUCAUUUCUGUGCGGGGGAAAAUGGGGAGGAGGUUAGGGGGACGAUUUGCAGGAUUAAGGAUAUGGGGUUCAAGGGGGUGAUUUUGACUUAUGCGAAGGAGAUUGUUGUUGAUGCGUCGGCGAAGGAAAAGAAUGCUGGGGGGGAGGAUGGGAUGGAGUCCCAGGAUGUUGAGAAUUCUGAUAUCACGGCGUGGAGCGACGGUGUUUUGGAGACUGUGGAGAUGGUGAAUGAGGGAGAUAUACUGGCUUUAAAAUUGACAGGCGCAGGUUCUCCCGCCAUGCAAGCCCUUUCUUCCAACCAGCCACUACCAGAGCAGAUGACGGCCGCGCUACGAAAGAUUUGCUCCCGCGCCGUCGAGCGGAAAGCGCGUAUCUUCGUGGAUGCCGAGCAGCAGUCUGUCCAACACGGUAUCGAUGGUGUGGCCUUGGAUCUCAUGCGGGAGUAUAACAAGGGCGGGGUGGCAGUGGUAUACAAUACGUACCAGGCGUACCUGAAAUCCACGCCAGCCAAUCUGUUGUCUCAAAUGGAUAUUGCUGAGAAGGAAGGCUUCACUAUCGGGAUCAAGCUCGUUCGCGGCGCAUAUAUUGCGGCGGAGCCGCGGGCUUUGAUUAACGACACCAAGCUCGAGACCGAUGAUAUGUAUAAUACGAUGGCGGAGGGUAUCAUUCGCCAGCAGUAUGGCCAUUUUGGGAAGGCAGACAAACCCUUCCCGUCGGCUCAGUUAUUUCUCGCUACCCAUAAUAAGGAGAGUGUACUGAAUGCGGACCGACUGAUCCAGCAAGAACUUGCGUCGGGACGACCAGCGACCCAGACACAGUACGGACAGCUGCUUGGAAUGGCGGACGGUGUUAGCUGUCGGCUAUUGCAGCUGGGCAAGGACUCUGGUGAGAGGACACCCCCGGAAGUAUUCAAGUGUCUCAGCUGGGGGACAUUGAAGGAUUGUCUGUCUUAUUUACUGCGUCGCGCGGUUGAGAAUAGGGAUGCGGUUGGGCGGACAAGAGAAGAAUAUCUACUCCUCAGGAGGCAAACUCUGCGUCGGCUGAAGAGGGGGUUCAUGUAG